AUGGUCGGUCCACCCGUCAGCACCCGCAAUCGCCUUCGUCACCAGCACGUCCCGCUGGCCACGCCUCCGGACGAGAACAUAGUCCAGCAGGUGCCACUGACGCGACCGAGGAUGCCUCCAGGUGGCCUUCUCUCGCUCCGGCAGACAGAAGAACGUGUUUGUCAGGAUGAGGCGGUGUUCUGCGCAGGUGCGGAGGAGCAGCAGGCCGUUGUCGUUGGAGUCGCGGAGACCAUGGGGACCCAGCACUCCUCUCCAGGCAGUAUGGUCUGUGCCGACGCGGGCGUUGAAGUCACCAAGGACAAUCAACUUGUCCGCCUUCGACACGGUCGCCAGGAGUGCGUGCAGGUCCUCGUAGAAUUUGUCUCUCGCGGCGACGUCCGGGCUGCUCAUCGGCGGGGCGUAGACGCUGAUGAUGGUGGCGAAUGUGUCCCCACGCCUGCCCCUGCGGAGAAACAGACGGCGGCUCAUCAGUCGAUCGUUGAUUCCCUGCGGUAG